AUCAGACCAUGGCAUUCGGUUGCAGAAGAGCCUGGUCAAGCGUGCUCAUCGGGGUAGUCCUCGGGUUCACCACCGCCUCCUGGCUGCUCGUCCCCUGGGUCACCGAGCUGGGUGGCAAAACCAGAAAGUCAUCCCUGUGCUCACCGUACAGCCUGGGUAAAGUCGAAAAAUCACACAAAAUCUCCACACCUAGCAAUAACUGGCACGCUAGCCAGCUCAGACCUCCGUCCAGCCAUGAAGACGAGACUAGCUUUGAAGAAAGUUUGGACAAAACAAGCCGAGAAGAACCCCUUCCCCGACCCAAACACUUCCUCUACGUUGGAGUCAUGACUGCCAAGAAGUAUCUGGACUCAAGAGCAGUGGCUGCCUACAAGACCUGGGCAUCAAGCAUCCCAGGAAAGGUGGAGUUCUUUUCAAGCCAGGGUUCUGACACAGUGCCCCUUUCAGGACCGCUGCCCAUGGUGUCGCUGCCAGGAGUGGAUGACUCAUACCCUCCUCAGAAAAAGUCCUUUAUGAUGCUCAAGUACAUGCACGAUCACUACCUGGACAAGUUCGAGUGGUUCGUGAGGGCGGACGAUGACGUCUACAUUCAAGGGGAAAAGCUGGAGCUCUUCCUGCGCUCGCUUAACAGCAGUAAGCCGCUUUACCUGGGGCAAACAGGUCUUGGCACCACUGAGGAGCUUGGCAAGCUGGCACUGGAGCCUGGUGAGAACUUCUGUAUGGGAGGCCCUGGCAUGAUCUUCAGCCGCGAGGUACUGCGUGCAAUGGUUCCCCACAUAGGCACCUGCCUGAAGGAGAUGUACACCACGCACGAGGAUGUGGAGGUGGGACGCUGCGUCAGGCGAUUUGGGGGAACCCAGUGUGUCUGGUCUUAUGAGAUGCAGGAGCUGUUCUACGAAAACUAUGAACACAAGAAAGGGUUCAUCGAGGACCUCCACAGCAGCAAGAUUCACAGUGCUAUCACCCUCCACCCUAACAAGCAACCGCCUUACCAGUACCGGCUCCACAACUACAUGCUCAGCCGUCAGAUCUCACAACUGCGCUACCGCUCCCUCCAGCUGCACCGUGAGAGCAUGGCCAUGAGCCACCUGAGCAACACAGAGGUGCAGUGGGAGGAUCAGCAGCUGGGGGCACCACCCUCCUUCACACGCUACCAGCCGAACGAACGAGAAGACGUCAUUGAGUGGGAUUUCCUGACCGGGAGGUACUUGUACCCUACAAGCGAGAAUAACGUGCCCCGCCAAGGGCUCGGCAAUGCCUUACGCUUCGCCUUAGAGGACAUUGUGCUCCAGGUGAUGGAGAUGAUUAACGGAAACUCCAAAGCUCGAGGUCGGGUUAUCGACUUCAAGAAGAUCCAGUAUGGCUAUAAGAGGGUAAAUCCUUUACAUGGGGCUCAGUAUAUUCUGGAUCUUUUGCUGCUCUAUAAGAGGCACAAGGGACGGAAAGUAACAGUGCCGGUACGGAGACACGUCUACCUGCAGCAGUCCUUCAGCAGGCCUUUUUUCACCGAGCCUGAGGAGCUGGAUGUAGGCGAGCUAGUGGAGGCAAUUAACAGUGACUUUCAGUCCUUUUCGCUUCUCUCGAAUUCAUUCAAGAUUUUCUCUCCAUUCCAGUUUUCUGACUCCACCAAGGAGAUGCGAGAGCACGCUCAAAAGAAGCUUCACAUCCUCGUGCCUCUGACAGGCCGUUACGAAACGUUCGUGCGAUUUAUGGAUAAUUUUGAAAAGGUCUGCCUCAUUUUAAACCAGAAUGUAAAACUCAUCAUUAUACUGGUGGAUAAUGACACCAACCAAGAGAGAGAGAAGCACCUGGAGCUUAUUAAAGAAUAUCAUAAUAAGUACCCCAAAGCCGAUCUGUCCGUAAUACCAAUGACAGGUGAGUUUUCACGAGGUCUCGCUCUAGAAAUGGGUGCCUCCGGGCUUAAUAAUAACUCGCUCUUAUUUUUCUGCGACGUGGACCUUAUUUUCAACGGUGACGCGCUUCAGCGAUGCAGAGACAACACCGUAGAAGGGAGUCAGGCCUAUUUUCCAGUUGUCUUUAGCCAGUACAAUCCCAAACUCGUCUACGCUGGGAGCCACCCCGAAGACAGCAACUUCGUUUUUACCAAAAAGACCGGCUUCUGGCGAGACUACGGCUUCGGCAUCUCCUGCAUAUUUAAAAGUGACUUGAUGAGAACCGGAGGCUUUGAUACGUCAAUACAAGGCUGGGGACUCGAAGAUGUAGACCUGUUUACAAAGAUCAUAAACUCUGGUGUGAAAGUGUUCCGCUCCCAGGAAACCGGCAUUGUGCAUGUUCAUCAUCCUGUUCAAUGCGAUACAAAUCUAGAGCCCAAGCAAUACAAAAUGUGCCUAGGGUCUAAAGCGAGUACGUACGCAUCUGCGAUGCAGUUAGCUGAAUUAUGGCUGGAGAAACAUUUAGGUGUAGGAUACAACAGAACCUCAUCCUGACGUUUUAGCCUUCUGUCAGCACAUCUGUCACUGGAGAUUACCUCAGUUCCUCAGACCUGAACUCUAAAGGCUGGCUGUGUGGACGCGAGUCUAAUGUGAGCAGGUUUUGCCUAAUUAAAGGUACAUUAGCUCCUUUGGGGACUAGCUGACAUUUGUGCAGUUGACUCGUCCACGGCGUCUUCCAAAUGUCAUUUGUCACAAAGUUAUAGGGGUGUAAUGAUACACAAAUUUCAUACUUAAUACAUAAUGCUGUUUUUGCAUCACAAUACCAUACAUUUACAAGAAAUUAAAAAAUGUAUUUCCUGCAUUCAUACUUCACAUUUUGGUCAAAUAUACAGUUGAAGUCUGUAGAACCUGAUUGCAGAAUUAAGCAGUUUAAACAAACAUCAAUUAUAUGGCCACUUGGGUGCUCAGGUGGCGCAGCGGUAAAACACGCUAGCAACCAGAGCUGACAGUUCGAACUCAUUGUUUCGAAUCUCAGCUCUGCUAUCUGGCAGGCUGGGUGCCUACAUAAACAACGAUUGGCUGUUGUUCAUACAGGGUGGGUGCUGGACGAGGAUUCCUCAUAACUGAUGCAAUUACGACCUCUGCUGGCUGAUUGAUGGCACCUGCACAGAGACGAGGUAUAAUGUGUUGUUUGGGUGUGGCUCUCCGUACACAAAGCCGAUUUGCAUAUGAACUCGUCGGAUACUGCACAUGUGUCAGAGGGGGCGUGUGUCAGUCUCGGCUCUUUUCAACCAGGGUGGGGAUGAACAUCAGUAGAGAGGAAGAAUAAUGCAAUUGGGUAAUUGGAUAGAAAUGUCUUUCUCCGUCAGCCAGUUCAGAAGUGUUGGCUAAUUGGCUUCAUACUUCAUAUUAUUUAAACCAAAUAGCGUAGCAUAACCUUUAUACAAUCAGAUUGGUUACAAUGCUCGUUUAUACAUAAGCCACAGGCCCUGGUUCUGGUUUCAUGUAGUUUUAGGUGCAUCAUUAUACCAAAAACAUUUGUGAUGUGUUAUUUGACUUUGUACUUAAUGAAGCAAUCAUGAACUCUACUGGUAUACUCAGGAGCUUAUUUUCCAUCAUGAACAUCAUUUCUGAAUGUGUUAAGUAUGAUGCUUGUUGUUAAAGCUGUAUGAGAGGUGUUUUUGUUCCCAGGGAUACAAACAUUGCUAUCAUUGCUUAAUGAAUUAUACUUAUUAUAUUUAUAACUUUAAAGUACCAUAAAUGUGCUUUAUAUUCUCCAAAAGGGGACUAAAGAUAAAUCUUUAUAUUUAAAAUAAUGUUUAUUUUUCAUUUAUCAGCAGUAUUUUAAAGAUAUUGUAAAUUUUACUUUGUAGUUGCAGUAGGAUUAUUAUUUAAGGUACUGGUUACCUCCCAAUGUGUGUUAUGUUCUAUAUAUAUAUAUAUAUAUAUAUAUGUUCUUUUUUAGUGAAUUUUGCGGAGCUAUGUUACAAUUAACAAAUUAAAUUAUGAUGACAUUGUUCAUUUUGAUUAUUUAUAAUAAAUAUUAUAAUGCAUAAACUGUAUGGACCUGUCCAGGGUGUUUCCUGCCUUUUUACCCCAAUGAUUUAGACCAACUGCGACCCUGACCAGGAUAAAACGGUGGUAAAAUAGACAAUGAAUAAAUGAAUAACCUUUUUUGAAA